CAAUGCAGUGCGUUUUCAAAAUGUCGCUCUUCUUCGUGACCUGACUUCUGUGCCACCAGACAACAAAGCAUAGCUUAAUUUAGCAAAUUUGACAGUCUACAUAAAUCAUUUUAUUUAAUGAAGCAUGAGACUGCUGAUUACAGUUGCCAGACGUAUUCAUAAACGGCCGCUGUACACUCCCACAUCAUGUCUAAGUUCGGCAGCGAGUUGCUCCGGAGCUGCUACGAACAGCGGCCUGCAGUUCAGAAAUGACCAACUAGUCUGCGGUUCGACCGGGGAGUUGGUCCAGAGCCUUCGCGGUCAGGUGGAGGUGAGGACGGAGUUCAUAAGUGAGGAAGAGGAGGGUGCUCUCAUGAAAGAACUCGAGCCUGGGCUGAGGAAGAAACGAUACGAGUUCGACCACUGGGACGAUGCGAUUCAUGGUUACCGGGAGACAGAGCGUGCUCAGUGGGGAGAGGUGUGUGAGGGGGUGAUGGAUCGCCUCCGAGCUGUGGCUUUCUCUGAGGGCAGCCCUCUCCUAGGCCCUGUGCAUGUCCUGGACCUGGACAAGGCUGGAUACAUCAAACCACACAUCGACAGUGUCAAGUUCUGUGGCAGCACUAUAGCAGGGCUGAGUUUGUUGUCAGACAGUGUGAUGCGCUUGGUGAGGGAGGAUGAACCUGCUGAAUGGAUGAACUUGUUUCUGCCCCGUCGCUCUCUCUACAUACUCAGGGACCAGGCCAGAUAUAAGUUCACCCAUGAGAUCCUUAAAGAUGAUGAGUCUAUUUUCUCUGGACAGAGAGUGCCCCGCCAUCGCCGCAUCUCUGUCAUCUGCCGGAACCUUCCUGUUUGAAGCAUGAGUGCCAAGAGGGACACAACUGUGACAGUCUCACUGGCGGUAGCCAGAGCUCGGUAUCUGAGACUUCAAGAACAUCACUGUGUUAAAAUUUGAUGUACACGCUUUCUCACUGUGCGAGAGACUAUGUUGGGAAAGAUGAUUUAGAUGUUUCCCUGAUCAGUUUUCAUUGGAGCACUUUUUUCUAAAUAAACUACCUGUACAGGAUUUGAUUGUGAAUUAAAUGUUGGGAAGGCA